GGCCGCUGUGGUUCGUCUUCACGGGGAUGGGCUGCCAAUGGAACGGCAUGGCCCGCCAGAUGAUGCAGUUCGACGUGUUUGCCGACUCCAUCCGGCGCUCCCACGAGCUCCUGGUGCCCUUCGGCAUCGACCUCAUAGACCUGAUCACCAGCGAUAACGCCAGCAACCAGACAAUGAUGUCUCCCUUUGUCUCCAUCGCCGCCGAUCAGGUGGCGCUGGUAUCCAUGCUGAAGGCGGCGGGGGUGGAACCGGACGGCAUUGUGGGUCACUCGUUGGGCGAGAUCGGCUGCGGCUUUGCCGACGGUGGCUUCACGGCCGAGCAGACGGUCCUGUGCGCCUACUGGACCGGGCGCUGCGCCGAGCUGGGCGACCUGCCCAAGGGAGCCAUGGCUGCCGUCGGUCAGUCUUUUCUUCUCUGA